GAAAGAAAUGACGGCUCUAAAAGUGAAUUUCAAAGCAAAGAACUAAUAAAUUCAUUGACUGAGUUAAUUAUAUGUGUUUUUUAAAGUUAGGUUUUGGUAAAAUAUGAAACCUUGAAAGGUAAAUGAGCGCCUUUCUAUUUUAUAUAGUUUCCGUGGAGACUAUAUCCAAGGUCCAGGGUGAGGUUUUAUGUUUCACCGUGUAGUACUAAAACCCAUUCCAACCAUGACACACCGAACCCUUCUCCUCCUCCUCCUUAUACCACCACACACACUUCUCCAGCGCCAGAAACCCGGUUGUCCUCCUCCAAUAGGAGAGUUUGUUGAUUACCCAGAGAUAGUUACUAUUCCUAAACUUUUAAACCAGGAGGUGGCAAACCUAACAGUAAUUGAUAAUAAUUAUUUCGGAGAAACACGUUGCAGCAUCCCACAGAAUCUCCAAGAUGAUAAGCACACAGUGUUCAACAGCUUUAGGCUAGAGGAGGGUCAGCUUAGGAAUAGGAUAAAGCACUGUGCUAUAUAUGUUGACUCUGUGGACUUCCCUGACAAUGUUCUAGCUGUAACUGUAUUGCUGGUCUCAGAGUUUAUCCCUGCACUGGCCUACUGCAGAGGACCCAUAUCUGCCACUGCAAGGAUCAUGGUGAAAUUCUGUGAUUCCUGUACACAAGUACAGACUAACGAGCAGGGAACAGCUGAUGUUGGAGCUACCGGACAAUACGGAGCCAAUGUGGGGACAAGCAAUCAAGGAUUAGUGGGUAUAAGUGGCAAAUGGGGGGAAAAUAGUCAAGGUGUAACUUAUAUAGAGGCUGUUGGCCAAGACCCUGGCAGAAAACCAGAAGAACCACGACAGAAAAUAACUAAUUCUGCUCCUAGUAGGCCUGAAGCUUAUAUUCCAGAGGCAUCAGGAGAACCUGGCAUAAGUGUAGGCUCAAACAGGCAGGGAAAAGAAAAGGAUAUCUUGAGUUCUGGUGAACAAGGAAAAGUGAAUUCAGGGGCAAAGAUUCAAGGCUUUGAUAUGGGGGCACGGCAUCAGGGUGUGACAAAUGUUGGGUCAAGCGGGGGCGGGGCUGGUAAUUUAUGGGAAAAUGGCCAGGGAGUUGGAAAUACAGGACAAGGGGUAACCAAUGUGAGGGCAAGUGGUCCUGGUUCAGUUAAUCUUGGAACAGGUGGUCAAUGGGAGGAUAAUGUGAGAUCAAGCGGAAAGGGUAUUUCAAAAAUAAUCACUAAAAAUGGAAUGGAUCUGGAAAAAAAAAUUACUGUAAGACGUUCUGAGGAAGAGUCGGAUUUGGCUAAUCUUGGUCUCAAUGUUGAAGAAGAUCCUAAUUAUCCAAUUCUCAUUGGUCUUGUGUUUGUGGUCACUUUAAUAGCUCUCAGCCUAAUUAUUGGAGUUAUAUAUUUCUGGUGUCCAGAAAUAUGUGCCUGUUGCAUAAGAAAAAGCCACAAAAGAAAUGAUUUGAAUGGGACAACAAAAAUUUUGACAGUUAAAGAUAACUUUGGCAAUAUCAUCUCUGAAGCAAAAACUGUAGAAGUCUGGAAAACUGGAGAAAACAAAAUUAAAACAUAUGAUAUCCUGACUAGGGAGCUUAGUGGUCUGAAAAAAAAUAAUAAGGUUGGAUACAAGGAGCUUCAAGAAGAUCCAGAUGGUUCAAACUUUAAUAGCAGAGAAGAAUCACACAAGGAAGUGCGUACACUACCACAGGAUGAUGGAGAAAUAAUCAUUAUUCGUCAACCUAAUAAUGUUCAAAACAUGAGCAGGUUAACAUAUCUAGAAGAGCUGGAUCCCAGAACCCUCACUCCAUACCAAUCUGUUCAUCCUAAUCACGGAAGGUUAUUUAGACUAUUAAAUAGGCCAGAACCUGAGCGAAGAUACAGUCGGCAGUAUCUUAAUGUUGAAAAUCCUCGUUCUUAUAGAUCUGUUACUCCACUGGAUCUUGUCAGUGUUAAUGGAAGUGAGAAUAAUCUGAACUUCUCUCGACACUACUCUAAUAACUCCAGGGCAGGGCAGGUCAUCAUGGAAGUUGAUCCAAGAGAAAGAAAUAGACAUCAUUCUUACAGGAACCUAGACUCUGACAGAGAUUACAGAAGAGAAGAUAGACAUUGGGAGUCAAGGUAUGAUGAAAUGGAUAGUCCUAGAAAAUCUGAUGUACAGAUUCUAACAGUUCAUGCAAAUGACAAUGACAGUGAACACAGUUACAGAAGUCUAAAUGUUAUACCAGAGGAAAAUUUUAGUCCACGGUAUCAAAACAGUAGCAGCCAAUAUCCAACCAUUGAAGAACGAGGAAGACCAUUACAAAGGUCUGAAAGAAAAGAAAAUGAAAAAAGAGAUCAAGGAGUAAAUACAGACAGUUACAAAGAAAGAAGUAAAAGUCUCCAGGAUCAGAGAUCACCAAGGAGAGACAGUAAAGGAUCCCUAACAGAGAGAAGUAGAAGUUUACAGGAUCAUAAACGAGAACGAUGGGAGAGUCCUCGAAAAGAAACUUCCAAAGAAAGGAGAAGCUUCCUGGAUCAAUUUCAAGAGAGAUGGGAUACCUCAGGCCCUAAUAAAGAAAGUUUUAAAGAAAGGACUAAGAGCAUACAGCGAAGAGAUAUCAAUGGUUUUAACAAAGAAAGAAGCAGAAGUUUCCAGGAUCCAAAAAAUAGUAGCAGAGAUCCAAUUAAAGAAAGAAGCAAGAGCUUACAAGAUCAAAAAACUGACAACAAAGAUGAUCAGGUAGAGGUACAAAAGCAUGCAAGAAGGUUCAGCAAACUACCAACUAAAAAUUCAAUUCAGAAGAACAUUUAUUAUCAAGAUUCUUAUGCAAGAAAUAUUAAUGCUCCAUACUACUACCAGGAAAGAGAACAUGAGAGAGAAAUUGAAAGUUUGUUAAGGCAAAAUGAACUGAGAAGAGGUGACCUAAGACUUGGUAGAAAAAUAAAAGAUGAGCGUGCAAAUUAUCUCCGAAUUCCUGAUCGCAGAGAUGAAGCUCCAUCUCAUGAAAGAGAAGAACCUAGGCAGUAUCAGUCUCAAAUUCAAGAGGUUAUGUCUACCUUUUCAACUAUUGUUGAAGGUGAACCUAGUGAUUAUGAGGAUGAUGAUCAAAAUUCACCUGAAAGAGAAUCAGCUCCAAAUACUGCCAAACCCAACUCCGGCCAGGAGGAAUCUGCCAGCAGCACUGCUCGGACUGAUGCAGCUGAUGUUAAUCAAACUGAAACUGGAGAAAACACUUUUAGAUCUGAAGAAGCUGAAGCAGAAGGCCCCCCAUCAGAUCCCAACUCAGAAAAUCAACCCCUAAUUGAAGAAGAUUCGGGAGAUAAGCAAGGUGAGGAAGAACAUGAGGAAGAAAAACAAAAUCAGCAAGAACAUGAGGAAAAUAAGCAAGAUGAGCAGGAACAUGAGGAAGAAAAACAAAAUCAGCAAGAACAUGAGGAAAAUAAGCAAGAUGAGCAGGAACAUGAGGAAGAAAAACAUGACGAACACCAACAAGAGGAAGUUAAAGAAGGUAGCGAAGAAAAAAUCCUGAAAACUGAACCUCCAUCAGAGACUGAUCUUAGAGAGUUGAAGGAAAGUCUAGAACGGGACGAAGAACCACCUGAACCUCUGUCUAAAAAGCUUCUAAGAACAAUCGGUAACUUCCAAGACACCAACAGAACUCCUUCCCCUGCCCAGACCCUAACUAUGGCUGCCCUGAAGCAGGCCAGACAACGAAGAGUGGAAAAGGUUCAGAGACAAACCCAACUAAAUGAUCCAAAUGUGAAUGCAAUAGAAAUAUUGUCUGGCAGCUGAUUCUUUGAUUCCUCCAUAUUUAUAUAUUUUAUAGAAUUUAUAUUUACUGCUUAUAAAAAUACAUAUAAAAGUUAA